UUUUGGUAUCAUACUUUUCUUACCUCCAUAUCAGAUUAUUGUGUUGUGCACCAUCUGCUUGAUCAAAUUCAUUGUUGGUUUCUAGUGUUGUGUAAUUCUACUUUCAAAAACAAUGCUCAUAACUUGUUUGUUACAAUGUCUGAACCACAUCAUGCUUGUGCUGUCUCCUAGAAUCCUAGCCCCCUUGCUCUUGACCAUGCUUGCUCUUUUCCAGCUGCCACUGUCCUUUAUUUAUGUUUCUGGGCAAUUAAUUUAUGUUUUGUGCGGAUAUUCUUUGACAAUUUUCUGACUGUUUGACUUUAUGCUUGAAUUUUAACAAUAAUGUUAGGUUUUUCACUUGCCAAUUUAUGUUCACAUUAUGUGUCUGAAUAUUUGAAGGUCUUGUGUGGUUCAAGCUUUGAUUUAAAUCAUUUUGGGUGAUACGCACGGUCAAAAAUAUUUUGAGGAUGAAUAGAAAAUUUGGUGGUGGAAGGCCGCCGACAGGGACUCCUUCACUUGCUUGGUCCUGUGUGGCUGUUUUCUUCUCUCUUCUUGCCGGUGCUUCCGUUGUUCACAAUAUCUAUUAGCCUAAUCUUUCCAAGUGCCUCUGGCUGGUCCCUUAUCUUCCUCCUCCUCGCCGCCGUCCCCCGCCUAUUACAAGCUUACACCGCCCUCAACGCCUCCCCCUGCCUCCGCGACCUUUGGUCCCUCCAAAUCGGCUUCUCCCUCAAUGCCGACAACUGCCGCCGCCUCCUCGACGAUAAGAGGGAUCCACGCAGUGUGAUCAACUUCAUCCUCCAUGUCACAUUGAUCCAGCCAACAUGUCUAUGCUAGCGUAGAAUAGGGAAAGGAAAAUUGUGAUAACUAGAUUGUUAUUUGGUGUUUGUGCAGUGAUUUGCCUUUUAUUUCUAAUAAGUUCAUAUAUGUGAAUGAUUGUUUUUACAGGAAAAUACAUUUUGUAAGAACUCUCACCUGUGAAGCUUUGAUGACAUUCUACUCAAAACUUAUCUCUGAGCUUGGGCGUGGACCACUGGCAACAAACAAGCUUCAAAGAGAUUGCUUAUUCUGGUUAUGCUGUCUUGUUAAACAUGCUCCAACUAUUGUGUCAUCCCCUACCAAGGCUUCAUAUUUCAGGUCCUUUAAAUCUCACAAUCACGAGUGCAUGCAUCAAAGAACUUACAGAACACUGAGGAAUCUUUCGGGAGUUCCCUCCUUGUCUUCUUGGUCAGGUCUUCUUUUAAUGCAGCAACCAAAUAUCUUUGGAAGGCAAGGUAUUCUGGGAAGCUGGCUCCCUGCCAGGUACAUAAAUAAUGAAUCAGUUGAGCUGAAGACUGACAAUGAUGUUGUGCGGUUCUCUCUGGACAAGUCCGAUGAUAUUGAUUCAACAAAAAAGAGCCAGAAGAACAAAAAAGUUAAAAUGUCUAAAAAAGCUAAAGUGAAUGAGCUCAGGUUCUACCGUUUGAAGGCUAAGAAAAAGAUGAAUUCCCCAAAUCCAGAGAUUAGAAUUAGAUAUAAGCUUGAAAAGGCCAAGCGGAAGGAAGCUUGGUUGAUUGAGAAGCUGAGAAAAUAUGAUGUACCAAAACCCCCUCCAGAAACAUUUGAUCCUGAAAUUUUAACUGAGGAGGAAAGGCAUUACCUGAAGCGCACAGGUGACAAAAAGAAACAUUAUGUUCCAGUCGGGAGACGGGGAGUAUUUGGGGGGGUAGUUCUUAAUAUGCAUCUUCACUGGAAAAAUCAUGAAACCGUAAAGGUUACCUGCAAGCCUUGCAAACCAGGGCAAGUACAUGAAUAUGCUGAAGAGCUUGCUCGACUGAGCAAAGGCAUUGUAAUUGACAUCAAGCCAAAUAAUACCAUCAUCUUUUACCGUGGAAAGAACUACGCGCAACCGGAAGUAAUGUCUCCUCCAAAUACAUUAUCAAAAGCAAAGGCCUUGGAGAAAUAUAGGUUUGGGCAAUCCCUUGAGCAUACUAGCCAUUUCAUUGAAAGGUUGGAGAAAGAGCUUGAAGAGUAUCAUCAGCACCGUGCAAAGUUUGGAAAAGGGAAAGAGGAUACCUCCACUAACAAUGGAUUGGAGAAGCAGGAAUCUAAUUUUGCUGGACGCCAAAUGUCACAUAAUUGAGGCUCAGACAACCUGAUCGUGUUGGCUUUGGAGGAAAUGAAUAUUUUUUUUUGGGGACACUCAGAAGAAGAAGAAGAAGAAGCUGUGAGAUAUGGCGGAUUCCUCACCCUCAAGUACCACAGUUUCAAGAACUGCCCUUCUCCUUUUGAGGGUCUUAACCUUUAUCUUUCU